AUGUCGGCAUUGCAGGAUUCCGAGAGCUUGACAGCGGAUGCUAAUCUCCCUUGCGUCGGAAAUGUAGGAGGUCGAACCGCCUGGUCUAGUACCGUUACCGUUUCAGGCAAAAAUGUCGCCGCUCGCUACUGGUAUGAUGGUCAAUACAUCAACAAUGCCAAAGAGGAUGCCGCCGAGUACGCUCUGAAGCAGCUGCUUGAUCAGCCCCGUAUGCCCACCGUCUACCCAGGCCAAGUUUACCCACAUGGCGUUGGCCAGCCUGGGGGCUAUUGA